AUGCUUCUCUCACUAGCCAAUGCUCCGUUCAUCGCUCUUGGUCUCCUGGCGGCAUACUUCUUGUUACCAUACCUGCAAAACUCGCAUCUGAGGGGUAUUCCUAGCCCGGGAUUCGCCGGUUUCACCAACCUCUGGUUGCUGCUUCAGGCCCGACAGGGAAAACGUUACUUGUCUGUCGACGAAGCGCAUAAGAAGUAUGGCAAGGUUGUGCGUAUUGCACCCAAGCAUGUCUCUGUCGCCGAUGAUGCCGCCAUCCAGGCCAUCUAUGGCCACGGAAAUGGGUUCCUAAAGGCCGAUUUUUAUGAUGCAUUUGUCUCCAUUCGUCGGGGCUUAUUCAAUACUCGUAACCGUGCUGAGCAUACACGUAAGCGCAAGAUUGUCUCUCACACUUUCAGUGCCAAGUCUAUUGGCCAGUUCGAGCAGUACAUCCACGCCAACCUUGAGCUCUUUGUCGAGCAGUGGAAUAAGCUUGCCACCUUGCAGGCCAACCCUAAGACUGGCUAUGCCAGCAUUGAUGCCUUGAACUGGUUCAACUAUCUCGCUUUUGAUAUCAUUGGUGACUUGGCUUUUGGUGCUCCCUUCGGCAUGCUGAAGAAUGGCAAGGAUAUUGCUGAGAUGCGUAAGAGUCCUGAUGAGCCUCCUCAGUAUGUUGCUGCCGUUGAGGUGCUGAAUCGCCGUGGCGAGGUUUCCGCGACACUGGGAUGCUUGCCAGCUCUGAAGCCCUGGGCUAAAUGGAUCCCCGACCGUUUCUUCACUGAAGGACUUGCGGCGGUGGAGAAUCUCGCUGGUAUCGCUAUUGCACGGGUCAACGAGCGUGUCAAGCCCGAGGUGGUUGAGAAAAACACCCGGGUUGAUCUUCUGGCUCAUCUCAUGGAAGGCAGGGACGAGACUGGUGAGAAGCUGGGCCUCGAGGAGCUUACCGCAGAGGCUUUGACUCAGCUCAUCGCCGGCUCAGACACCACCUCGAAUACGUCUUGUGCUAUUCUGUACUGGUGCAUCCGUACACCUGGCGUGACUGAGAAGCUCCAGAAGGUUCUGGACGAGGCGAUUCCGAAAGAUGUCGACGUUCCGUCACACGCCAUGGUCAAGGAUAUUCCCUAUCUCCAAUGGGUCAUCUCGGAAACCAUGCGAAUCCACAGCACGUCUGCUAUGGGUCUUGCGCGUGAGAUUCCCGAAGGUACCAAACCCAUUGUCAUCGCUGACCACACAUUCUACGCUGGCGAUGUUCUGUCCGUGCCUAGCUACACGAUCCACCGUUCAACCGAAAUCUGGGGCAGCGAUGCUGAGAAAUUCGUUCCAGAGCGCUGGGAAAACCUGACCGCUCGUCAGAAAGCCGCAUUCAUUCCUUUCAGCCACGGCCCGCGUGCCUGUGUCGGUCGCAACGUCGCUGAGAUGGAACUGCUCUGCAUUGUCGCCACGGUUUUCAGCCUUUUCGAGUUCCAGCUUGAGCAGGAGGGAGAGAUGGAGACCAGCGAGGGCUUCCUGCGCAAGCCACUCGGCUUGCAAGUUGGACUGCGUCGCCGUGCCCGAGCUUAG